UUUAAUGCAAUACAUUUUCUAUUCAUAGAUAGAUAGGGCGGCACUUCGCAGUUUGCACCCACAAUCCAUAUAAACCACACAUGCCGUGCGUGGAGGCGCGGUCAUCCCUUGUCGUAAUUUCUGGUUAGAGAAAUGGCAUUAGCAGCACUCCCUCUAUUCUCAAAUCCUCCAUGCCAUUGCUCUUCUUCACAUUCCCGUCAACCCUCAACCUUUUCCCCUCAUCUUCAAACUCAGCCCUUUAUCUUUCCACUCACCAAAUCACAACCACCAAACAGCAACUAUCUCCUUUUCCAAUUUCGGCCCUCCAUCCACUGCCGCUGCAGUUCCCACACUCCCAAUCUCGACUUCCAAUACGUCAGACUUGUCACUUUGUUUCAAGAAAUCGGUAUCAGCUUUGAGGAAGCCAAUUUGCUCUUGAGCAAUGCUUCCGAACUGACCUCGAUACAACUAGAUUUAUUGCGGGAUCGCAUUCUUUCUUUAAAAUCUCUUGGGUUAGGUCGUAUGUCCAUCAAUCACAUAGUUACAAAGCAAUUAAAUAUGCUAACUUCAAAUGAAAUUGACCCAUUGUUAUACUUUUUGAGAAAUGAAUUGCAAGGACAGGUUAAGGAAUCUAAGGUGAAACGUCUUUUAUCGGCUAAAGAGCCAAAAGAAUUAUCUGAUUUUCUUCAGAAGGUUCAAUUGCUUAUUGACAGUGGAAUUGGGGUUGAUAAGAUUGGACAUGUGCUUAACAAAGUGAGUUUGUCAAAGGCAAUUUGUCAUAGGUCAAUGGAAGAAAUUGAAAGUGUAAUUAGUUUCUUAAAACGAUUUGGUGGCGUUGAUUUGAUUGUGAAGCGCCCUUCAACUCUCAACUAUGAUUUGGAUAGUCAGCUGAAACCGAGAUUCAGGGUUCUUACUGAGUUAAGUGGCGGAGAUGAGGAUAGUGUUGGGAAAGUGGUGAAUGUGUUCCCUCCGAUCAUGAAUUUAAGGACAGAACGUCUUGAAGAACAAAUAGAGUUCUUGAGGUCUUUUGCAGAACUUGAUGAUCAACAAAUAUUUAGGAUAGUGUUGGUGUAUCCAUCUCUUUUCAAUAGUAGUAGAGAGAGGAAACUGCGUCCUAAAUUACAAUUUCUCAAGGAUUGUGGGUUAGACUCGGGCGAUAUGUUUAAAUUCUUGAUCAGAGCGCCAAUGUUUUUGGGCAUGUCGGUCAAUAACCUUAUGUUUAUGCUUUCGUUUUUGGUCAAGAUUGGGUAUCGAUAUAGGACGAAAGAGUUGGCCGUGGUGAUCAAGGCUUCUUCUAGAACAAACUGUGAGAAUAUGCAAAAGGUGGUGAGUUUGUUCUUGAAUUUUGGGUUGUCGUCCAAAGAAAUUUUUGCUAUGUGUAAGAAGCAUCCAUCGACACUGCAGUAUAAUCACGCCUCUCUAGAGAAGAAGAUGAAGUAUUUCACAGAGGAGAUGGAUCGUGACAUUAAGGAGUUGCUGGAUUUUCCUGCAAUUCUUGGAUACAAGUUAGAUGACAGAUUUAAGCAUAGGUAUGAAAUAAAGACGGACAAAUGUCUAUCAAUCAGCUUUUAGUUGUUUCAAAUAAGAACUUUGCUGCUAAGCCAAAAAAAAGGCUUGUGUAAAAUCUAAAUUUGUUUUCCUUUUCCUUGCACCUUAGUUUUGCUGUCCUUAUUUAUUUUGUUGUAUUCCUUAUGACUCAAGGCCUUUCAUCCCAAAAUAAGUUAAUGAAAAAGAGCCUAUUUUGCUGAUAGAAGAGAAGAAUAAAAAGAUAAAGUGACAUCAAGACAA